AGCCGGUUUCGGGGAGCAAGCUGCUGUCUUGGAUUUCUCUAGUCAGCGAUAUCUGACGAUAGGCAACUCAUGGGUAUUUGCAGCGGUCGGGUGGGAUGUGCGCCAUAUAGCGGGCUUCAGCGCACAGACCGGGCAGCAGGAUAAUCGCUGUACGUCGUCCAGCUCCACACAUGCUAACGUCCACGACGACGACGGUCGUCAGCGCAUGAUUGACGAUGCCGGGGCUAUUUGCCUCUGUGGGUCCACCACUGUCGCGUUCUCAAACUUUACCACGGUUGAAUUUAAUAUUUAACCGCUCUUUCCUCCACUCCCUUUCCUUGCUUUUUCGACUCCUGCUUCGACUUGUCAAUCCCUAGUCGGCAGCGAUACGAAGGCCUUACGCCAAUUCACGCUAACACAGCGCACGACACUCUUUAUAUCAAGAACGACCCCAAGCUCACGCCACCAACGACCUCAAGCACGUACGAAUCAUGUUGCCCCUCGUACCGACACUCGCCCUCGCACUUGUCUCGUUUUUUUCUUCAACAUUCGUCAUUCUCCGUAUUGUAAUUCCUAUCCUUCCUCCGAACCCGCUCAGCAGGCGGGUUCCUCCAUCCGAAUUUGGCCUUCCAAACUUCAAAACACUCUCCGCUGCAGAUAAGAGCCAUAUCUGGCUCGCCUCAUGCGACAUGGUGGCCCUCGUAAUCUUCGUUUGGCAAGCUGUCAGUGAAUAUCUGGGCGGACCCACCGGCUACGAUGUUGUCAAUGACCCAGGCUCGGCAGGGCGACUUUGGAUUGCUACCACACUCAGACAAUCAUGUCUGCUCCUUGUCGCUGCUAUCACUCUGUUGCACGUUCGCCUGGGUCAGCCAGUCGCGUUUGGUGCCAAGCACUGGAUGUUGUGGUGCCCGACGCUUCUCCUCAUCAUCACUUCGACCGUCCUUGCUGCAGUCUUGGCCGGUACUGGAGUAGAAACCUUCUUCUGGGGAUUGUUGGGGUACUCUGCAUCUGUUGCAGUCAUCAGUAGCGUGACGUUCGGAUGCCUCAUCGGUACGCUCCUUAUCAUCCGCCGUAACCUCGCUGCUCUCGGCGACAUGCGCGAUCCCUGGCCUCCGGCUUCCGUAGAGGAGAAGUCACGUCGACGGUCGUUUGCCACAGAAGACAUAAACGUGCUCAAAGACAACAGCUCCUGGAUCACCUCGCGCGCAAGCUCUCGUUCCGAGUCUAUCUCCGCCUUCUCAUUCUCAACGCACUACACAAAUCAUUCGCGCAUGCCCUCCAACGCCAGCUCCCGUGCCCAAGUCCACCCUAACGUCGCAUCGUACCUUUCGAUCCCUACGAAGUCGUCCUUCUGGUUCGGUCGCGCUACGCCUGCAAAUGGGCGCGAAUCUCCCAUUCCACCUGUGCCCCCGCUGCCCGCCCCGUAUCGUCCUUCUGACGGUACGUAUAAUGUUAGUGACGACCCCGAUCCGUUCCACCGUGUGGAUCCGCGCAUUCGCAUGGGUUCUCAGUCUUCCUGGCUCACUGAGAGUCCCGGCUGGCAGAACGAGCCCUCGAUAUCCCAGUGGUCCUUCUCUACUUCGCGUCACUCUCACGGCUCCCCUUCGCCGCAUCCGCCCAGCCCAGACCUUGGCCAGGACUAUUUCACUGCUCGGCUUCUUUCAACUUCGCCCUCGCCCGUCACAUCGCGCCCGCACACCCCGGGUGUCGGCACCGAUGUGCUUGGUGGAUACGGUUACGCUCCUGACGCUUCCAGGGCUGAGACUAGCAGCCCUGGUCCAUCCGGCUCGCCUGCAGGCGAGGUCGAUAUUUCAAUGUGUCGCGCCGUUGGAUGGUUGGUUAGUGUUUGGUUCCCGAUGGGUCUUGCUGUUCCAUACUAUGUCACUUCUCAAUUGGCUGAGCCAUCCGCGGCUGCUUCUUUCUUGAUGGUACUCUCCGUCACAAUUUCCGCUCCUCUUCUUGCUGCAAACAUCUUGUUCCGAUCUCCGCUCCCGAUCCCGUCCGGCCUGUUUGACACACCAUCUCCGCCUCCUUCGGUUGUUCACCGUGCACCCUCGCCGUGCAGUAGCUCCUCUACCGAGCCUGUCGUCCGAGAGUACAAGCGCAGCGGCAGUACCACUGUUAUCGAGGACUGUCGUAGCGGUGAUGUCUGGAUUGCCAAUGGCGAUGCAGUCGACGGCAAGACCAAAGUUGCGCGCGCUCUCACCCUGCUCCGUCCCAAGCCCAAGCUGUCAGUCCUGCCGCCGCAGGAAGAGGAGGUCUUCGAUGGCCCGCUCUCACCCCCCCUGCCUAUUCAAGACAUUGAUGGCAUGUCAACCAUCCCUCUCACGCCUCAGAGCCGCGACCAAGCUCAAGCCGGCAUGAAUCCUGAGAUGGGCACGCGCAAGAAGGACUCGAAGGCUUCCUCAUACUGCUCUGAGGUAGACGAGAGCGUCGCGUUCGCAACCAAGAUUAUGAUUGCUCAACGUCACUAUUCUACGCUUGCAAUGACUGUCAACCUGCCGCCAUCACCCAAGCCCAAACGCGUAUCAUCUCGCGAGGUCGCCGCGACGACCGCCGUCGAGGUUGAGGCGGGGCUGGCGGAGACGAAGCGCCACAGCCACCUCCGUGCUCGUUCGAUAUCGUCAAUCAACUCGAUUCCACGCUCUGUAAUCGGCGGACCGCCGUCGACCCCGCUUCCUCCGACCCCGCCAACGCUCAAGUGCUUCAAGGCGGCUAACGCGUCCAAACGCCUGGCGCACCGGAAGUCGUACUCAGCCAAUGAUGAGUUCUCGUUCGGCCCUAUUGAGAACGACAACACCCGCGAAAUUGAUGAGCUGUUUGCCGGGUUGCUCCCGCUGCUCGUGCCUGGCCUCGAGGUCGGCGAAGACAUCAAGAUCACGGAUAGCUGGAAGAUGUCGCCUACGGUCAUGUCUAGGAGCGGAAGAGCACGCAAGAGUCACGUUCCGUCUGAGCUUGGUAGCACGGCUGGUGACAUCUCAUCUCCACUAUUCCAAUCGACGCCACAGAACAGGAGAUCACAGACCCAGACGCGCACCAGGAAGAUCUCUGCUCACAAGACUCAUGCCAGUCUUCCCAGCCUUAGCCUCCGCAAGGGCGGCCUUCGCACUUCAUCGGCUUCGCGCGGCGACGCUGACCGUGCUCCUGACCACAAACGUGGUCGGCAUGAAUCCAGCAACGUCGAGAUCCCUGAGAUUAAGGUUGAAGAUGACCGCAGGAUCGCCGCGUACGGCGAGGAGUCUGCCGAGCACUACCUGAAGGUUGUCGCCGAAGAGGACGAGAGCUCACGCCCCACUUCUCCUUGCGAAUAUAGUGGUUUCCCGUCGAUGCUCGAUGUGCGGGAGGGCAUUCGCACGAAUCGCAGUUCACUCGUGACGCUCAUUUCUGCACUCGAUCGCGAGCUGAAGUUCCUCCCGCCUUCUCCUGUAUCCGAUACCACGUUGUGCGACUUCGACCCAAGCGUUGAUGGUGUGCUCUCGAGCACACCGCAGGAAUCCAAGACCCAGGCGAAGUCCCGCUCUCGCGAUACCGAUGCUCGGUCCAAGUCACUGCACCGGUCAAGCUUCGUGUACUUUAAGACGGACGAGAAUGUUGCGCCUGAUACAGCGUCGCCGGUUGUGCGUCCGCUUGUGCCGAAGACCAAGUCCACUAAGCAUCGCGUCAACAAGCCUUACGUCGAUCAGGAGAACGUCACGCUGGAGGUCGAGGCCCGGGGUCUGCGCCCACUGUCGCUCCUGCAGGACCGCGAGCACAAUAGCGCGAUGCAAACAACGAAGCCGCUCUCUCUCGGAAAGAAUAGCAGGAAGGCGCAGAAGGAGAAGGCGGACGCCGAGAACAUACGCAGGGAGCCGAGUCUCAAGCGUGCGCUGAAGCCGCUCAAGCUUGUGCGCAGUGAGACUACCAAGCAGCGUGCGAUCCUGCGCGAACAGGAGGCCCUCCCCGAUGUCGUCGUCCGCCCGCCAUCUGACGGCCAGCAUUUUGGGCUUCAAUACACCUUCCACUAGUGAAGAAACGUCAUUUCGAUGUCUGUAUAUGCUGUAAUCUGCUUUCCCCGGACUAAGUCUAGCUCUGAUCAGCCGACCUUACGCAACCCUCUGUUCUCGUCUUUUCUCCUGUCCAUAUUGCUCUGUUCUGUUCGCACAAUGUUGUCGCCCACCUCUCUCCUAGACGAAGGCCUACUUUACGCUUCGCUGUUUAUAGUUAUACUCCACGCCUUGCAUCUUCACGUCUCGGUCACGCAGUUCACGAUACUCUGACGAACCUACCCAAGUAUAUAGACAGUGUCACACGUACAAAACGUCCAAAGAACAGGUUUCGAGCAGUGCUCGGCCCUAGAUUGACAUGCCUGGCCCGAAGAGCGAGACCCACGCCGAUCCCGUAGGAGCUAUUGGCCCGCAAUAUGCCAUGACGUAUUUUGAAGGGUGCCAUUGCACAGUUGGCGAUGCCCCCAGAGCAGGUACACGAUGAAGGGGUUCGCCCGUCUCAGUGGCACACUAGAGGAAAGUGCAAUCAA